AUGGAGCUCUUUGAGUUUGUCACGGACCCCCGGCAGCUCAACGACGAGCAGGUGGACGCGAUGCUUGAUAUGAUCCAAGUGCAGGUCGAGGACCGCCCGACGACCAAGACGAACGAGCAGCAGGUCGAGGAGGCUGUCUUCAUGCAGACGUUUAUCCCGUCGUCGCUCGGCCAAGUGCUCAACUCGGAGCGCGAUCAGCUCGCGUACGCCGAAGGCCGCAUGGAGAAGACGCUGUCGGCCGCCAUCUCGCGCCUCGAGGUGUCGCAGCCCCGCCUCAUGGACCUGCUCAACGUCGACGAGCUCGAUAUGGAUGCGCUCGACGACUCUGACGACGACGACGAUGAUGAUGAUGACUCGGACGACGAUGACGACGAUGACGAUGACUCGGACGAUGACGAAGAGACGGACGAAGAAGAGACGGAAGAGAUGUACAAGCAGCGCAUGGCGUUCCGGCAGGAGCGCCGCGAAGCCCGCGAACAGGCCAAGGCCGCCGAGCGUGCCGAGCUCAAGGCCAACAAGAACCGCGUCAAGGAAGAGAAGCGGGAGAAGCGCGCGUCCAAGAUUCCCAAGCACGUCAAGAAGCGCCACAAGAAGCUCUCCAAGCAAAAGAAAAAAGACAAUAUGCACUACUAA